AUGCUGGCUGCAGAAGAAGGAGGCGAAGACAACUCUCCAAUUUGGCAAUCCAUUAGUGAGGAUGCUGACCGACUCCCUGAUCAGGUGGCAAACAAUUCUUCACCAGAUUUGGAAGAAGUGGUGCAAACUCAUCCUGAUGUCGUUAGAGAGGUUCUUGCAACCAUGGCCGUUGGAGGUGAGUUGGGUAUUUCUUUUCGCCCUAAUGAUGAUCUGAUUCUUCGCAAAAUGAUUGAUUUUGAGUCUCAGGAAUUCUUUCAUAUUAUAUCUUGGAAUAUUAGAGGUUUGUGGAGCUUGGUCAAGAAACGAUUUUUGUAUAAACUAAUUAAAAAGAGAAAGCCUGACAUGGUGUUGAUUCAGGAAACAAAGUUGGAAGCCAUGGAUUUUUUUUCGGUUCAGAGGCUGUGGGGCAGUGGUGAUUUUGAUUUUGCUUUCUCUAGUGCUUCCGGGGCUUCAGGGGGACUGCUAGUGAUUUGGAAAAAAGUUUUUUUCAAAGCUGAAAAUAUUGUCUGUCACAGAUCGUUUAUUAAUAUGCAAGGUAGGAUUCAUGCUGAUUUUCCUUGUGUUGUGGUAAACAUUUAUGCUCCAAAUGAUGUGGGUAGUAGGAGAGGAGUUUGGGAGGAGUUGGUGGCUCUAAAAUGUGUCUUUCCAGUUCCUUGGUGUAUUGGGAGAGAUUUUAAUGAAAUUAAGGCGAUCAGUGAAAGGGUAGGCUGCCAGAGAAUGGAGAGGGGAAUGAAGGAUUUUUUGGAAUUUUGUAACAAUAUGGAACUACUCGACCUUCCGAUGUGGCUUGAGAAAUUCAAGGUGGUCCAAUGGGGGAUUCAUAGACCAAUUUCUGACCAUUGCCCAAUUGUAAUUACUAAUGACGAACGGGAUUGGGGACCUAGGCCGUUUCGGUUCAUGGAUAUCUGGCUAUCGAACCCGAGGUGUAUGGCAAUUGCAAAGGAGUCGUGGGAGGAUAAUUCGGUGACUGGAUGGGCUGGAUUCCGAAUUUUGCAAAAAUUGAGGGCCAUUAAAGAAAAGCUCAAGGUGUGGAACAUGCAAAGUGGAGUUUGGGGAUGUAAACUCAGCAUUGCUAGCAUCGGAAGUAGAACUUCAUCAAUUUGA